UAGGGUGUGAGUCUGCUGAGCUACCUGUACCGAGAGUGUCUGGAGUGUUCCAGUACUGAUCACUACCCAAUGAUGAUGUCCAUCCUGCAGUCAUCAUCUGGACCCUACACCCUGUUUGUACAGGACUGGGUGUUUCACGGAAUUUGUCAGGACAUCUAUGGAGAAUUCAUGAUAGAAAUCCAUGCAGACUACCUACAAUUCAGAGACAAGAACUACUGGGCGAAUGGUUACAAGAUGAUGACCAAAAAAGAGUCCGAUAGUGUACCACUGUUCCUCGCAGACCUCGCCUCAGAUAUAUUCAUCUGUGGCAAGUCCAUCAAUCUCCUCAAGGCGUGUUGUUCCCAGAAUUUUCUGUGUAACAUAGCUGACAUUGACAUACCCAGGAUAUCGGUCACAUUCUCAGAGGAGGAACUUGGUAAUCUAGAUGGCCAGUGUCAGUUUUAUGUCAACAAAAUGAAGCAAAUAGCACGGCAGUUGACCAUCUCAAGAAAACAGAAGGAAGAGAUGGAAGAGGCUGCAAAGAAAGAUAUGUUACUUAAGGCAAAAGAAGUGGCCACGCAGGAGAUACAGAAACUACAGAGUAGAAUACAGGAAAACCGAAGAGUCCAGGACUCAAAGAAAAGGAAACAGUUCCAGUUCCUUAAGGAUCAGAUGGAAGCAGACUUACAGAGAAGAGCAAAUGUGAAAGAGCAAGUAAAGGAAGAGGACAAGAUGAUGAUAGCUAGGGUGAUGAAGGAGGAGGAUACCAUGACAGCUCAUGAGCUAGAGCUGGAAAGGAAAGCCAGGGAAGAGUUAAUAGAAUACUACAGCAAGCUGAGUGAGGAGGCAACCCUGAGAGAACAGCGGGCAUUGUGGCAUGUCAAACGAGCCCAGUUAGACCAGAGCAGACGUGACUUUCUACAGCGGGAUAGUGUACACUGGCAGGCAGAACUUGAGAAGGCUGCUAUUGUUAAGGAAUCCAUUACUGCACAGAAGCCAGAAGAUGUGAGUAAAUCAUUUCCCAUAUGUAAUGGGUACUUAAUCUUAACCUUGGCAUGAUUGUGUAGUAAUAGA